AUGCCUGAGUCGACCCUAGCCGAAAUGGCCGCCGUCCGGCUCUCGGUGUGGAACUCCCGUGCCGCCCACCCCCGCGUCGUCCAGAUGGAACUGCUCGCGCACCAGCUGGCGUGCCAGGACUACAGCGUAGACAUCCUGCGCCAUCUGAUCGAUAUCGAGCAGGCGAGCCGUCCCUGCCUGGCCAGCUUCCAGGCGCAGCCCGAAAUCAACGUCCACAUGCGCACGCUGAUCUUUGACUUCGCCAUGUGCUGCCACACCCGGCUGGGGCUCUCCACGUCCACGCUCUACCUGUGCUUCAGCGUGAUCGACCGCUACUGCAGCCGCAUUGUUGUCAAGAGCUCCACGUACCAGCUCGUGGCAUUGUGCGGCCUGUGGCUCGCCUCGAAGUACAUCGACAGGAAGCCACGCGUGCCCUCUUUACGCGCCCUCCAGAACCUGUGCUGUAAUCAGUACUCGCGCAGCCAGUUCCAAGACAUGGAGCUGCACAUUCUCAAGGCUCUCAAUUGGAGCCCCUGUAACGCGCCGCCCCACGAUGUCUUCGUCGACAUCCUGUUGAAAAACAAAAUCAGUUCUUUGAGUUACAAGGGGCUUCAUCUUAACGACCUCAAAUAUGGCAGUUGUAUGCUCUGCGAGCUUGCCUGCUUUGAGCACGUUCUUGCAUUCGAUUACAACGCGAGCGCAGUGGCGCUUGCUGCCGUGACUAUCACGACGCAUGCUCUCAGGCUUUCUGUUGAUGGCCAGUUUGUUCACUACUCUUCAAUGUUGAAAGACGCCAAUCUGCAACGCGUCUGUGACCUCAUUCUGCGCAAACUAAGAUCGCGCAAUUUUCCAUCCAGUUUCAAGCUCAAGUAUCUAGGCCAAAACAAGCUGGAGUCGAACCCCAUAUUGCGUAGUCUUCUAGAGUAUGAACUGAUGAUCGCACCCCCCAUCCCUGUGCAAGCCGUGAAAAAACCCGCAUACGCUAGUUUUAGCCCUUCGAAGCCGGGAUCUUGCGCCAAUGUCAGCCCCGCCCCUUCGCUUGGAUUCCAAGAUUCAUUCGCCGGAACUUCUUUUCGUUCCCCACGCGUGGUUGCGCCGCCUACGCCAUGCUCCCCUUCGAACUUAUCCUCUAAUUCAGUGCCCAAAGUUAAAACUCCGCACUUGAACUUAUCGCCUGGUACUAUCGGCUCGGGUAAGCAAUAUGAGGUGAGUCAGGCCAGAGCGACAGCAGUUCGUCCCACGAUGUUUAGAAGAAACGAAUCCAAAAGAAAUUCAGACAUAAUGGAGCCUGAUUUCUUUGACAUGGCUGCUAACUCCAACAAGCGUGCAAGGUAG